AUGCAGCUAAUUAUAAAAACACUUAAAGCACUACAGGAUUUGGAUAUAUCACUGGAUAUUCUAGUGGAAACUGGCAUAGGCAAAACAGUUAAUAGUCUUAGGAAACAUGCCGCUGCGGGGAAUGUAGCUAAAGCCCUGGUAAAACAAUGGAAAAAACUUAUUCCACCAGAAAAUAAAAGUGGUCACAGAGGAAGAAAAAGUACUGAAAAAGGUGAGACAAAAUCUUCCGCUUCCAAGGAGAUUAAGCCUCCAGAGAAGUCCAAAGCAUCUGUACUGGCCUCCAGAAGUUCCAAUAGCUCUCCUGUUUCUAAAAAGUUGAAUAAGCAACAUGCUUGCAGUGAAAAGACACACCAAAGUCAAGAUUCUGAGGCUCAAAAAGAAUGUAAUAAUAAAGAAUGUAGCAGCAGUGGUUCGAAGCGUGCUUCCCAGAAUACCAAUCCUCAAGCUAAAAAAAGUGACUUCAGAGAGAGAACUUCCAGAGACAGCAAGAAAGUUCCAGAAAAGCAAGGUUCCUCUGUAGCCAGUAAAGAGCUAUCACCCCUGAAGGAAAAGUGUAGUAAGGAUGCUUCCAAACAGAGAAAUCCUAAGCACAUGAAGAAAUCGAAACAAGAAUUUGUCAUAAAAAGCAAAGCUGUAUUAUCUAGUGAUGAGGAAUUUGAGCCCCCUACUAUGUCUUUUGAAUCUUAUCUUAAUUAUGAUCAGGUUACCAAAAAAAGAAAGAGGAAGGCUUGUUCUACAGGUGAACGGCCAAAGAAGUGCAGUGAACAGAAGAACAGCUUAUCACCACAGAAGACUUCAAAAUUUUCUCAUGCAAAAGAGGGAGAGGAAGAUGGAAAGAAACAUGAGGGUGAUCAAUCAGAGGCUCCCAAGAAAAAGGCCAAGGUGGCAUCCCUCCAAGAUCUGCUUAAUACUCCACUGCCUAAAUUUCUCACGGGCAUCUCAAUCUCAUCUCCCCCAUAUGCUGCAGACUUUAAAGCACCGGUUGUGGAAGCACCCCAGCAAGUCAGUGAGACGGUUCAAUUCACGGGACGGAGACUGAACUCUAAAAUGCAAGUUUACUCCGGCGCUAAAACAGUCUGUCUAUCAAAGAUGCUUACACUGUAUGAACAGUGCAUCCGUGUGCUGCAAAAUAAUAUUGAUUCGCUACAUGAAGUAGGAGGUGUGCCCUUUGAAAUUCUUGAGCCUGUGCUAACACGUUGCACACCAGAGCAGUUGUUUCGAAUAGAGGAGUGUAAUCCGACGUUUACGGAAGAGUCUGACCACUUGUGGAAGAAACACUGCCAGAGAGAUUUUAAAAAUGAGAGCCUUCUGGAAUAUGAGUCUUGGCGUGAAAUGUACUUGAGACUAUUUAAUCAGAGAGAGGAAAAACUGAAGACACUUACAAAAAAUAUUCUUUCAGCUCAAUCUGAGAAACCAAAAGGCAGGCAAGUAAAAAUGGCUUACGUGACCAGUGCAGCAAAACCACCCAGGAACAUUCGCCGACAGCAAGAAAUCCAUGGGACAGCAGGGCCUGUCACCCAACUUCAUCCCAUAGAGAAAUGCAAAACAAGGAUUCCAGAAAGCAGAGACAUAAAUAACACAUCAUCAAACCUGAUCCCUGCUAGCCACAGUGGGAGCUGUAGCUCAAGCAUAAUGACUCAAGAUGGAAAGAAGCCUAUCAAAAAAAUUGCACCAAUCAUGAGGAAAACUUUGAAAGCAAUGAAGAAUAGAGCCGGACGACGAUAA